UCCUUGGUCUGUACUCCUCUAGCCACCGGACUGAUCACACGUGUCUGGGUCAAUUGUGUGUCACAGUUUACCAAACCGUUUUCCAUCACUUGGAGACGACUGGAUUUCCAACUUUAUAUCACGCAAAACGACUCGAGAAGAAGAGCGCGAAAAGAAGAUCUCCAGAAGACUGCAGUCUCACCGAGACCGUCCUGACAAGAAACUCGGUGAACAGAAUGGAUCACCGUUGGGUCUAUUUGGCCCUCCCCCUGGCGUUACUGGCAGGCAUGACAAGAGGCCAAGCAUGUCAGUCUCCGCUUGGAAUGGAAUCUGGUGCCAUCCCUGAUAGUAGCAUCACUGCAUCUUCCUACUACGACUCAGGUCCAUUUGUUAACCCGCCCCAAGCAGGGCGGCUAAACGGGUUAGGCUGGGCACCCAGUGGGCCGUCCAUCGAAGAGUGGUUACAGGUGGAUUUAGGGGAGAUGAAGGCCGUCACGGGGAUCAUUACUCAGGGCUUGCGUGAUGCCCCAGUGGGUGCGACGUUAUACAAACUCCAAUUCAGUGCAGAUGGGACGGAGUGGACGACAUAUGCCGACGGCGAUGGCUCAGAUAAGAUUUUUGCAAACUACGUGGAUCCGCCAAACGCACCUACAACGAACGUAUUGGACGACCCCUUUGAAGCCCGUUAUGUUCGGUUUCUGCCUCAGGACUUCGUUGCACUGCCGGGGAUAAGAGUGGAGAUUUCAGGCUGCGAGAUCGAGAGUGUCCCCACAGAUUGCUCCGAACUCUACCCCGGACUCCAGCCCUCCCACAACUUUGGGAUUUACCAGGACCAGUGCUUCUGGGUCGGCACCUUCCGCACUCCUAAGCUGAACUACAUGGCCGCCAAGCAAGCCUGCCAAGCCCAGGGCGGCACCCUGGCCAUGAUUAAGGACGAAGCAACCCAAACGUUUCUGAGUAACCAUCUGAAGACCAUCAGCGGUCGUAGGCAGAGGCGUUUUUGGAUCGGCCUUGACGACCUUAACGCGGAGAAGGCGUUCCUCUGGAACGACGGGACCCCGCUGGGCGAGUAUGACCUGUUCCGGUCCAGCGCCCCGCACAGGAUUCGCGACUGCGUCAUUCUCUACAGGACUCGGAGGAUGGCUCGCUGGGACAUCGAGAACUGCGACGAUCGCUACCCGUACAUCUGCCAGCUGGGAGGCAACGGCAGCAAGUAGGACGGUGACGAACCGUGACGUCAUAACAUCGCUGUGUCGUCACGACAACACGGAUCUGAAGAUGCUCUGAUGUCACCGCGAUGUCAGAACAUCUUUCCCACCGAUUUGGGCGCAGAUUAAAUGCAUAGACAACAAGACAGACCACAUGUUCGGCCACACCAGUUCAGUUUCUUGGCUUUCUGAUUGUUUUUAGCUCCUUGUUUAACUUUGCUGAAAAAAAAA